AUGUCUUCUUCUUCAUCAUCAGAGCAUCCAUUCAGCCUGUUUGAGCCCAUCCGUACACCCACCGGAUACACUUGGCUCCAACGCAACACCUCCCUGUUGUCUCAGCCCAGCGAGAAGCGUGGCCGCCGCAGACAGGCGGCGGCGGAGCCAGGGCGGUUCCUGGGUGUCCGGCGGCGGCCUUGGGGCCGAUACGCCGCCGAAAUCCGAGACCCCCUCACCAAGGAGAGGCAUUGGCUUGGGACCUUCGACACUGCUCAAGAAGCAGCCUUGGCCUAUGAUAGGGCUGCCCUUUCCAUGAAGGGCACCCAAACAAGAACCAACUUCAUCUACUCUCACGACUUCACCACCACCACCAAAACCUUAUUAUUCCCUAAUUCUCCUCCUCCUCCUCCUCCUCCCCUGCAAAACCCUAAUUUCAACGACUCAUCACCAGUUAACAAACCUCAAAAUUCUCCAUUAUUAUCCCUAAAUGACACUGAAAAAAACCCUUUCUUUUUCUCUAAUAACGAAGAGAAUUCUGGGUACUUGGAUUGUGUGGUGCCGCAUAGCUGCUUGAACCCUCCUUCCCAAGAAACCACCAAGAACGCCAUUAUUAUUCCGACAGAGAAGGAAAACGACGACAGCAGUCAAACGGCGGCGGAUUUACGCGGAAACCCGCCGUCGUGCUAUGAUGGGAUAAUUGGCGAGAGAUUCUGGUGGGAAGACGAGCAGCCAUGGGAGCUGGAGGCGAUGAUUACCGCCACCAAUAACAGCGAUAAUAACCGCACAAUAGUGGAGGUGGGAAAUGCAUGCAUGGGGAGUUCAUCGUCGCCGCCGUCGUCGAGCUUUGAUGGAUUGAUGAUGAUGGGUGGAGGAGCUUCAUCGUCGUCGCCGAGAUUCUCGUUUCUUUUGCCUGAUUUUGGCUACUCUAAUCUUUUCUAA